GAGCCGCUCGCAAUGAGGCUCCUAAUUACUGCGCUCGUCUUUCGGUGCUGAUAUUUUUAAGGAGGGCAAAGUGGCCGCAACAGGUUUACAGACGAAAACCUGGAACUACAGAGCGGCCAGGCCGGUCGAGACAGAGCGAUCGGGAGAGGAACGACAGGAGGGGGAGGAGGAGGAGGAGGAGCGGAGGAUUUAGACCGCAGAAGAUAUCGCACUGCGCUCACUCACUCGGACGAAGAGCAGGGGGGAAAAGGUCGAGGAGCUCCAGCCCCGGCGCUGAGAAUCUGCGGGAAUAAGACGACUCCAGGAUGAUGCCGAUGUUCCUAACCGUGUACCUCAGCAACAAUGACAAGCACUACACAGAAGUGCCUGUUACCCCAGAGACACUGUGUCGGGACGUGGUGGACUUGUGCAAAGAGCCCGGCGAGACGGAUUGCUACCUGGCCGAAACCUGGAGAGGUUCAGAGCGCGUGAUUGGUGACAGUGAGAGGAUUAUUGAGGUGCUGCAGCGCUGGGGGCAGCAGAGGGCUGAGGUUCGAUUCUUCCUCCGCCACAAUCAAGUGCCCAACCACGAAACAGGUGGUCUCAGAGGUCCAGACCUUUUGCAGAAGAGGAACACUUUGAAAUCGUCUGGAGAGAGACAUCUUGAGAACGGAAUUGUCCCACUUCAUAUGGACAUCACUCUGUCAGAGCUGCAGGAAAUGGCGUCACGGCAGCAGCAGCAGAUAAACGCCCAGCAGGAGCUUCUGGCUAACAAGGAGCAGCGGCUGCGCUUUUUGAAGCUGCAGGAGCAGCAGGCGUCGGAGCAGGAGAAGCUGCGGCUGCUGCGAGAGAACGCUGAGAACCAGGAGGCCAAGCUGCGGCGGGUCCGAGCGUUGAAGGGCCAGGUGGAACAGAAGCGCCUCAGCAACAGCAAACUGGUGGAGGAGAUAGAGCAGAUGAACGGGCUGUUCCAGCAGAAGCAGAGGGAGCUGGUGAUGGCCGUGUCCAGAGUGGAGGAGCUGAGCCGGCAGCUGGAGAUGCUGCGCCAGGGCAAACUUGACGAGAGUGGACACAGCUCGGCCGGGGAACUUGAGCGACUCUACAAGGAGCUGCAGCUGAGGAAUAAGCUGAACCAGGAGCAGAGUGCUAAACUGCAGCAGCAGAGAGAAAGCCUGAGCAAACGCACACAGGAAGUGGCCGCUAUGGACCGUAGAGUGGCCGAGCUGCGCGAGCGGCUGUGGAAGAAGAAGGCCGCUCUGCAGCAGAAAGAGAACUUCCCUCAGCCAGCUGACGGUCACAGCUCUCAGCCUCCUGUCGGACAGUCCAGAGUAGCUGCCGUUGGUCCAUAUAUCCAGUGCCCCCCUCCUCCGCUUCCUCCCAGACAGGAGGUCGUGAUAAAGCCGGCCUACCCAGAUGGUACUGCCACACUGCCCAAACCACUGGCCAAACCCACUGGUUUCCAGGCAGGCAAAAUCUCCAAGCUCUCGGACUGGAGCUCCAGUGCUGAGGUCAGCAGUGUGGGCGGGUCCCAGCGUGGCCACGCCUCCACAUUGCCGCGAAUGAGCAGCCACGGCUCGACAGAAAAAGACCCUGAAGCUGAUGUGAAGCCGCCACCACUUCCCUUACGGAAGAACCAGAGCAGUGAGGACCUCCUGAGGGAUGGGCAGUGUGUUGGUAAAGUGCCUCCUCCAGUGCCCAGCAAGCCAGCAAAGCAGUCCAACUUCACUAAGCCCUGCUUCAGCACUGGCACUUUCCCAGGCAAAGCCAGAGCAGCCCCCCAGCUCACGCCACCAUCCAAUCACAGUCAGAGGGCUCAACUGCCCCCAUCACACCAUGGCCUGCCGUUGCCCCUACCGCCCAAACAAGACACCCUUCCAGCAGCCACAGUGCGCCCCUUCAGCGUGGAGGGGUCAGCAGGAAAAGGAGCCGCCACCCCGCCGACCCUCCACAAGCCACAGACCCUGGCGGCCAGCUCCAUCUACUCCAUGUACACACAGCACAGCUCACUGGCCAAGGGUUACCAGGGCCAGAGCACGCUGACCCGCUCCCAGCCCCGCCUGUAUGGAAAGCCAGUCAUACCGUCCACCGGAGGGCAGCACUCCCACUCCCAGGACAGCAGCUACUCUGAGCGAGGCGCCACCACGGAGGCAGACCAGGUGGACCACUGCGUUAGCUGUCCUGGGGAGGGUCCAGAGUCUGAGCGCGUGCCGCGGCCACUGAGCCCCACCAAACUGCUGCCGUUCCUGUCGAACCCGCACCGGCUACAGAGCGACGCCGACCUGGAGGCGCUGCGGAAGAGGCUGCACCACGCACCACGGCCCCUGAAGAAGCGCAGCUCCAUCACGGAGCCUGAGGGGCCCGCAGGCCCAAACAUCCAGAAACUGCUCUACCAGAAGACCACGCUCGCCGCCAUGGAGACACCCGACAGGGAGGGGUCAGGCAGUGCCCCGGGACAGGAAGAUGAGGCUGGCAGGGUGCAGAAGGAGGACGACUCCGUCCCACCUCCGCUACCCCCACGCUCCCCGGUCCCAGAUGAGAGUGGGAGGGGUGAACAGCACCCCCUGCUGGAGGAGGACGAGCAGGAAGGCGGCGGCCCCAUUCCAUCCGAACCGUAUACAGAGGAGUAUCCCCCGUACCCGCCACCUCCUUACCCCAGCACAGGGGACCAGGAUGGCCCAGGGGAGGACAGUAGCAGCAUGAAGGCUCCGGAGGUCACGGGACAGGUCACACUACCCCCGGGGAAGAGGACGAACCUGCGGAAGGUGGGCUCGGAGCGGAUCAAUCACGGCAUGAGGGUGCGCUUCAACCCGCUGGCGCUGCUGCUGGACGCUUCUCUGGAGGGAGAGUAUGACCUGGUGCAGAGGAUCAUAUACGAGGUGGAGGACCCCAGUCUGCCUAACGAUGAGGGCAUCACUGCACUUCAUAACGCAGUGUGUGCCGGACACACCGAGAUUGUGAAGUUCCUGGUGCAGUUUGGCGUGAACGUCAACGCUGCCGACAGCGAUGGCUGGACCCCUUUGCACUGCGCCGCCUCCUGUAACAACGUACAGGUAUGCAAGUUCUUGGUGGAGUCCGGAGCCGCGGUGUUUGCCACCACCUAUAGCGACAUGCAGACGGCAGCAGACAAGUGUGAGGAGCUGGAGGAAGGAUACGCUCAGUGCUCACAGUUCCUCUACGGCGUGCAGGAGAAGAUGGGCGUGAUGAACCGGGGGGUGGUGUACGCUCUGUGGGAUUAUGAGGCCGAGAGUGCUGACGAGCUGUCCUUCACCGAGGGAGACUGCAUGACCACUCUGAACAGGGACGACGGGCAGGAGAGCGAGUGGUGGUGGGCUCGCUGCGGAGACAACGAGGGGUACAUCCCCCGCAACCUGCUCGGGCUGUACCUGCGGAUCAAGCCCAGACAGAGGAGUUUGGCCUAAAUCUCCCUCCAGGAUCUUAUGGUUCAGUCCCAAACCGGCGUGCCCUAAUAUCUCGUGCACACUUCACAGUGAAAGCAGUGUUACUGCACACUGGAACAUUUGUGAGCUUUAACUGCUGUGACUGGUGUUUUUUUUUGUUGUUGUUGACUCAUUAAUUUACAAGCACAAUGAGAAGACGAUUGUAAGUGGCCCUCAGAAGUGUCUUCACUUCUUUUGUAGACGAGGAGUUUUUUCAUGUAGCGACGUCUAAUAACGGUUUAUUGAUAUUGCUAAGGCCUUUUGUAGAUGCUGAAAGACAGGACUAACGUGAACAGCUGGGCUAAGUUAGACGUGGAAACCAUUCCUUAUUUAUAAAGCUCUGUUAAAUGAUUUGUACAUAUGGAUAGAAGCGAUGACUCCGGUGCCCUUCAUCCACUGUGAGGAUUUUAUCAGGUUUUAUGUUUGUGUGUAACGUUCCUUGUCUCUUUUACAUGAAUGUAGCUCUGUAUCACAAGCUGUUGUGCAAGCCUGAGGCUCCGAGAUGCAGGAGUUCUUUAAAGGAAUAAUUCAGCUCAUCCUUCAGCCCAAAUGUAGUCAGUCAGCCAGGGUGUGUUUGGUGUCCAAAGGCUACGUUCACAUUACCAGGCUGAAGGGGCUCAAAUCCGAUUUUUUGCCCUAAUGUGACUCAGAUCCAUUUUCAGGGCUGUGUGGACACAAAUCUGAUCUUUUCAAAUCCGACCUGAGCCACUUUAGCUACGUUCACAUUACAAGCCUCAUUGCUCAAAUCCGAUCAAGUCCAAUCUCUCUGACACAGUGUUUCACACUCGUUUAGGUAAUAGAUCCAGGACCACAUAUGAAAGUGGUUCAGGUCAGAUUUGAAAAGAUCCGAUUUGCGUCCACACAGCCCUGAAAACACCAGAUCUGAGUCACAUUAGAGCAAAAAAUCAGAUUCGUGCCACUUUAACCUGGAGGUAAUGCAGUAAUGUGAAUGUAGCCUUUCAUAUGUGGUCCUAGAUCGGAUACAUAUCCGAUUCGUGGUCAUGUGACCCUAAUGUGAACGUUCAGAUUGGAAUUCAUGUGCGCCAUCAUUCGGCGUUACUCUGGCAGCAGCGCUGAACAGACGUUAAAGCCUGUAAACGGUGGAAAAGCAGCUUAUCUCACCUUUUUCUCCUUCUGCUGGCUCUAAUAAUGAAGCUGACAGCUGAGUAGGAUGAGCUCAUGAAGGUCAUUUCAGGCCGGUUCAUUCACAUUAAUGAUGGAUUUGAGUCACUUGCCUAAAGAGAGUGGAUUUAAGCAAAUAAAUCAGAUUUCAGCAACAAGGCUUGUAAUGUGAACGUAGCCAAAGGGUAUAAAAAUGGACAAAAGUACAAAAAGAACACUUAUUGUCAGUUUUACAGACAAGAUUCAGUGUUCAAGCCCAUUUCUGCUCCUUCUUUAAAGACUUACUAUCGCAAAAUAACUCUUCUCAAAAUAUUCACUUCUACUGAAAUAAUGACUUGUCAUCAUGACUUACUCUCUUAAAAUACUGACUUGUUACAUCAAAUAAUUGCCGUUUCAUAAUGACAUUCUGUGUAAAAAUGAUCCUGAAACGAUUACUUAUUCUAGUAACUCGUUAUUUUUACAUCUGAAAAAUCUUAAAGAAAGUCAUUCAUUUGAGAUCUUCAUUUAAGUCACUAUUUCCAGAAAAUGCACCCUUAUUUGGAGGUAUUAAGUAAAUACUUCAAGAAAAUAUUAUUACAUGAUCUUCCAUUUUGAGUUUGAUUACUUUGACCUAAGUCAAAAUUUUGACGUUAGUGUUCGAAACGGAACAAACAGGCAUUUUUGGCAGAGAAGAGCUUCCAGAGGAACCACAUCUGUUUGAGUCUUAUGAAUAUUGUCUUAAAUAUCUUGUGUAUUCCGUAAGAAUAAGAAAAGCUCUAUACCUGUUUCACUUGAGUAACUGAAAAGAAAAACCCCAAAAAGCCACCUUUUCAAACUUGCUUUGAGCUUUUAUCACCCGGUACAGUCUGAGCAACCUUCAGAGCAAAUGAGUACGUUCUAGCUAGCGCUCUGAAAAAGUAAGGACCUCAUUUGGACUGAAACCAUCAACUCGAAUUACGGGAAUCUCGCCAGCGAGCCAAGUCAGAAUCUCCACCAAUUUCAGCGCGCUGAGCUACUGCAUGCUACCAGAGACGAGAUGAACAAAUGUUUGUUUCUCCACAGAAGCGUAGGCGAUCAUAAGUCCUAAACGUCGGUUAAUCGAUGUUUUCGAUCAUAGAAUUUUACCGAUUGUGUAUAAGCUUGCUUUACUAGCCUUGCAGCUCCAGCGCAAAACUACAGAAGCAAACUUCAGGCACCAAAUGUCUUGACUGACCUACUACUUUUGGGGAAAAACUGUGUAAAUGAGUGUUUGCCAAGAUAUUCCUUUUGUUCGGUAGCACGCUGCCCACAGUGCCCACAGCUGGUCCUCAAACUCCAGCCAGGGACCUCCACAAAUGGUAGCCCAGGUUUGAGUCACCAAUCGAGUCUCAGCGAUUGUCCUAUAACAGCGGUUAUAAUGACAUUUAAAGGAAUUCAUCACUCUGGUGCUCAAUGAGACGCAACCACAGAGCUGCGUGUUCACGGCCUCCUCAGAUUCAAUAAACGCUUUCUACGAA